AUGGGACAAAAAAUAAAUCCACUUGGUUUCAGACUUGGGACAACCCAGAGUCAUGAUUCCCUUUGGUUUGCACAACCAAAAAAUUAUUCUGAAGGUUUACAAGAAGAUCAAAAAAUACGAAAUUAUAUCCAGAAUUAUGUACAAAAAAAUAUGAGAAUAUCCUCUGGUGUCGAGGGAAUUGCACGUAUAGAGAUUCAAAAAAGAAUCGACCUGAUACAAGUCAUAAUUUAUAUGGGAUUCCCAAAAUUUUUAAUAGAAAGUAGACCACGCGGAAUCGAAGAAUUACAGAUGAAUUUAGAAAAAGAAUUUAAUUGGGUAAACCGAAAACUUAACAUAGCUAUCAGAAGAAUUGCAAAACCUUAUGGAAACUCCAACAUUCUUGGAGAAUUUAUAGCUGGACAAUUGAAAAAUAGAGUUUCAUUUCGGAAAGCAAUGAAAAAAGCUAUUGAAUUAACUGAACAAACCGAUACAAAGGGAAUUCAAGUACAAAUAGGAGGGCGUAUAGAUGGAAAAGAAAUUGCACGCAUCGAGUGGAUCAGAGAAGGUAGAGUUCCCCUACAAACCAUUCGCGCUAAAAUAGAUUAUUGUUGCUAUACAGUUCGAACUAUCUAUGGGGUAUUAGGCAUCAAAAUUUGGAUAUUUAUAGACAAUGACUAA